CGGCCGAGCGGAGCCGAGUCGCGACGCUCGUGACGCAGGCGCCCGACAAACGAACCCCCUCCGCGGGAAGAGGCCCCUGCUAGCUAGCUAGCUCGCUAGAACAUGCUAGAUAGCUAGCGUCAGCUCUGUGGAUGUGCCGGCGGUUGUCGUGCGACAGAUAAAACAGAUUUUUUUGGGGGAAGCGACAAUGUCUGCGGCUCGGUGUCUGCGCGAGUUCGUCGUCGAGCGACUGACCGCGGCCGCCGAGCGGGACAGGUGAACGCACGGAGGUCGGGUCUGGAAAUGAGAAACCAACUCGGGGGGACAGGACUCGUGUCGGAUCCUCGCGGUUUGAGUCGGCUGGUUCUUCUCUCCUUCUCCGUGUCAUCGGUGAUGAUGUAUCUCGUGACCCUUUGUUCCUCCAGAGCUCCCACAGCAUCAUGUCUGUGAGGAGGAGGAGGAGGAGGUUCUCCUCUCUGAGCCCCAGGAGAGGAGCUCCAGUCUGGACCAAGAGGAGCCCGAGCAACCUGCUGCUGCUGAUGCUGAAGGAGAAGAAGAACCCGGAGUCUCCGAGAACAUAAUCAUCGAGUUCAGCGAAGACGUGGACCACCAGCGCAGACUGCUGGAUAUCGUCUGGUAACACGAGAGAGAGCUCCGCUGGACAGAGCUCCCACAGCAUCAUGUCUGUAAGGAGGAGGAGGAGGUUCUCUCUGAGCAGCAGCAGCUCUGGGACCAGGAGAGGAGCUCCAGUCUGGACCAAGAGGAGACAGAGCCUCCACAAAUGAAAGAGGAACAGGAGGAACCAGGCAGCAGUCAGGAGGGAGAGCAGCUUGUACUGAAGCAGGAGACUGAUACUUUUAUGUUGACUCCUACUCAUGAGGAAAGUGAGCACAGUGAACCAGAACCAAACAGUGACCGCCAGCUCCUCCCUCACAACUCUCCUGUAGCUGAGAGCCGAGAUCAGAGAGGAAGUGAGCAUGUGGAGCCAGGAUCCACUAGAAACGAAGAGACGACGAGAGACGAGACGCCACAAUAACACAAGUCACAGUGACACUGUAGACAACUCUCCCCAAACGAAGAGUCACUGUAACACUCGCCCAGGCGAACUGGUCCUUUACAGCUGUGACCCGCCUGUAAGACAGCGCUGAGGGCAGACGGUGACGACGUGGGUGACACUAAGGAAGGGCUGCCCCCCCCCCCCCACAACAACAACACAAGCCCGGUUCAUCAACGGGCACCGGAGGCAACAGGUCAGCGGAGACGCCGCGUCGGAGGCGGCGGAGGAGGAGAGGAGGAGGAGUAUGGAACGCGAUAGAAGACGAUAUUUGCGCUAACGGCCUUCCAUAGAGGAGAGAUGGCCCAGGCCAACAUCUCGGUGACGGAGGGCCAGUUCCGGUGUCCCAUCUGCCUGGACAUCCUGCGGGACCCGGUGUCCAUCCCCUGCGGACACACGUACUGCAUGUCGUGCAUCAACGGCUACUGGGACCAGGCGGAGUCGGGCCAGUGCCGCUGCCCGCAGUGCCGCGACGCGUUCAGCCCGCGGCCGGUGCUGCGCAGGAACACGGUGCUCGCCGAGGUCGUCGACAAGCUCCAGCUGAGCGAGGCUGCGGCGGCGGCGGCGGCGCCGCGGCUCUACGUGGCGGGCGUCGGCGAGGUGCCGUGCGACUUCUGCCCGGCGGAGGGGAGGCUGCGCGCGGCCAAGUCGUGCCUCGUGUGCCUCGCGUCCUUCUGCGAGCGGCACGUGCUGCCGCACCGCGAGGUGGCCACGCUGCGGCGGCACAAGCUGGUGGCGGCGCUGCAGAGCCCCGCGGAGCGGCUGUGCGCGCAGCACCGGCUGGGGCUGGAGCCCGCGGCCGGCGGCGGCGGCGGCUCCGAGGCGCAGUGGAGCGGCGACUGCCUGCUGUGCGAGGCGGACCAGGAGGAGGCGACCGGCGCGGACGCGCAGAGAGCCCGCAGACAGCUCCAGCUCCAGGAGACUCAGAGGAUGAUUCAGGGGAGGAUUCGGAUCGGAGAGAGAGAGAUAGAGGAGUUCCAGCAGAGCUUAGAGUCCCUCAAGGUGUCGGCGUCGGCCGUUCUGGAGGACAGUGAAGCUCUGUUUGCCGACAUGGCUCUCCGCCUGGAGAAGACCAAGGCAGAGGUCCGAGCGAGGCUGGAGGCGAAGGAGCGAGCGGUGGUGGGGAGGGCCGAGCGCGACGUGGAGACGCUGGAGAGAGACGUGGAGGAGCUGAGGAGGAGAGACGAAGAGAUCGGUCGGCUGCUGCAAACCGAGGACAACACGCACUUCUUGCAGGCGGCCCCGCUGCUGUGCGUCCCCCUCGCCGCCGGUCGGCACUCCAGGGCCCUCGGUCUGCCCACGGAGGCCUUCAGCGGCACCGGGAGAGCGCUGGGCCACUUCCGCAGCCGGAUGGAGGAGAUCUGCCGGGAGGAGGUGGACAAGAUCAGUCGCGCGGUUAAUGAGAACUACAUGUCUGGCGGAGAGUGUGUAAAAGGUGGCAGAAAUCUGUGUGGGGAGAACACCAAACCUCAGCAAACGCAGCCGACUGCAGGUCAACACGAUACCACUAGGGUGCCGGUGUCUUUCCCCUUGUCCUCUUUGUCUCUGCAGCCGGCUGAUCAGAGGAUGAGGACAGCCUUCCUCAGGUGUUCUUGUCAUCUAUCCUUGGACCCCGAUACGGCCCACCCUACCCUGAUCCUCCUCGAGGGGCCCCAGGGGGCCCACUGUGGCGAGGAGCCCCAGUCCUACCCGUCUCGCCCACAGCGCUUUGAUUCGGUGGCGCAAGUCCUGUGCAGGGAGGGCCAGUUCGGCGGCGCCAGUUACUGGGAGGUGGAGUGGAGGGGCGGCGGGUGGAUCGACAUCGGCGUCACGUACCGCGGCAUCGGGCGCAAAGGCGGCGGAAAGCCCUGCCUGCUGGGCCGCAACGAGAACUCCUGGCGGCUGCGGUGCACGCACGCCGGAUACGCCGCCUGGCACGACAACCGCAAGACCACGGUGGCCGCACCGCCCUGCCCCAGGAUCGGCGUGUACCUGGAACGCCAGAAGGGGGUGUUGUCCUUCUACAGCGUGUCGGACUCCGUGGUGCUCCUGCACACGUUUCGUUGCUUGUUCUCGCAGCCGCUGUACCCGGCCUUCCGCCUGGACCUGGACUCCACCCUGCUCCUCUGCCCCCACGACGCAGGCAGCGGAAACCCAACCUAACCCCACCUCCCUCCUCAUCCGGGACCCUUUAUUUAACUUCUGCAAGAAAGGGCUGUCCACUCUGCUUAUGGAUAUGGAUAUUUUAAUUGCUGAUGAAGAGACAGCAACAUCAGGAAGACGCAUCACAGUCCGAAGUCAACUGUCAACUGCCUUUUUUUUUUUUCUCGUGUCAAAAACAGAUUUUUCUUCAUUUCUCUUUUUUUUUUAAAUUCUCUUUAAUUGUAAAAUACUUGUCUGGAGCUGAUCUGUUUUUCCCACAAUAAGCCUUUUCCACAUUGUACAUAGUGACUCUAUGGCAGUUACUCAAACAAACUCAUACUAAUCCGACUAAGAAAGUGUGACAUCAGCUGUAGCCCGUGUCCUUCAGAGUCUGCAUUUCAAGACUUGCAUGACUGACCAGACCGUCCCAUUACGAAGGCGCCGUCAAACACGGCCGACAAAUGCGUCUUCCCGUUCCCGUAGCACCGAAGGACCCGGCGGGUCUUUCUCGGGUCAACCUAUCCCCAGGAUUCAUCGUUAGAGAGCUCAGUAGCAAACGAUGGGAUUAAAACCAUCACAAAACCCCUCUGCUUUAAUGGUUUACUACUAAAAAAAGUAUUCAGCCCCUAUUUGUUUGUGUUUUAUAUUGUUUGCUGUAUUUAUGGAACACGUUUUAUAUCAUAGGGUGAUUUUUGUUUUUAUUUAACUCACUACAAUGACAGAUUUCAUAUUUAGUGCCUGUGACUACUUGAAUACCCACAGUUAGGGAUUUGACAUAGAAACCUUGUUUGGUUUUUUAUAUGGAAAAUGUUAAGUUACCUCAGAUUUGGAUAAAUUAAAAUGCCAUAUUAUAGUGACAUUUUUUUUUUUGCUUUGGGUAUAAUGUUGUCAUUUUCUCUUAUGUGGGUGAGUUUUUGUGUACAACACAUUGCAGGUCAAUCCCAUGAAUGGAAUAAAUAGUUUGAUAUUCGGGAAAUGCUCUAUUAAACUUAGCUUAGCACAAAGACUGGAAGUAGAGGGAAACUGCUAGCCAACAGAAUCUCUAAGUGAAAUCACAACAUCUUUGUUUUCACAAUUUCGCUUCAACAACUAAAUACUUUAGACGUGCAGGUGGUUCAUUUUCAGAAAUUAUGCUAAGCUAAGCUAGUGGUUGCUUCAGUGGAAUCGUCAGAUGGUAUUAGCAUAAAUUUAAGCUAGUCCUUUUAGGCUACGUUCACAUUGCAGCUCUUUCAUUCGCCAUUUAUGUAAGCUAGCUACAGCUAGCAGCUGCUAUAGGCUAUGUUUAGCACAAAGACUUGAAUUAGAGGGAACCUGCUAACCUGGCUAAUGUUAAAAAUAAAAAAUCCCACUUCUCAGUAUAUAGUAAAAUCACAACUUCUUGUUUCUACAAAUUAGCUCAACGUAACGUGUUAAUUAAUGUAUGUUAGAGAUGCGGACAACUCUGAUUUUGUUUCCUCUACUUCCUGUCGUUAUGCUAAGCUAAGCUAACAGUGGCUUCAUAUGUACCGUGCAACCAUGAGAGGGGUGAAAGUCUAGAGAUAUUUAACUCUCGGCAAGAAACCAAAUAAGCAUGAAUCCAAAUUAUCCCGGCUGCAUUCACAUUGAAGGUUUUCAUUCUUAAUUUCACAUUUCUAAUUAUGCAUUUGUCAACGUAUAACCAUAUUGAUAAAUAAUAGAAAUAAUUACAUAAUUUGAAAAGGCACGAUAAUUCUCAUGAUUGUAUCCACUAUGCUAAUUCAGGCAAGCGACAGAAGCCACGACAAUUUGGCAAUAACUUUUUGGUGAAUCGUUUAAGAUAUACAUUGUCUUUGUAACGCUGUAUGUUUGAGUCUGUGUGUGUGUGGGGGGGGGGUAUCAGAGGCAUGUUCUUUGCAUGCUUCCAACUUCAAUCCUGUUAAUAUAUAUCUCAUUCAAUCAUAUCUAAUCGAGUCAAUUUCUAUUAUCAACUCAUAACCAGUCAAUCAAGGUUAGAUUUGGAAAAAAAAGUGACAAACUGCAGCUUUAAGCUGUUAAACAAAAAAAAAACAUCAGGUGUGAAAUGUGCGGAAACGUAUCAGAACAAAAAACUUUUAACGUUUAAAGGUCGCUAACAUUUGAUCGUAGAAUUACCACAGACAAGAUAGUGACCUUGUCUCCCUGUCUGAAUGGAUGUCAGACUCUUUAUUUUCAUUAAACAACUUUCAUUUUGAUUGGUGCUAUUCCGGAGGAUUGUGAUCGUUCGUUCGACCGAGCACUGUGGGAGGCCUUUACUGUAUCCCCCCAAAAAACAGAACAGGAUUAUAAAACUUACAUAUAACCUGUAAUCUUUAUAUGCACUUGUCAAAGGCAUGUUCAAAAACAAACAUAUACAGGAAUACUACUGCAUUAUAUAUCACGACAGACCGACCUAAUGUAAGUGAACGGUCAUUGGAAGUAAGGAACUUUUCUUUUUUUUUUGCCAUGAAGUGCAUUAUUCCAGAAGCAGAACGACUGUAACAUGAACUGAAGUGUUUUACGCUUUUCUGUGUAACUAUCUCCUUGUAGCAUUUUCCACUUCCUGUUUACUCAACUGUGCUGUUGUUGUUGUUGUUGUUGUUGUUGUGGUCAUCAAAUGUCUGAGUGUGGCGACUUCCUUUAGAUGAGUUCAUUCAACUGUGGCUCGCAAUAAACCCAUCCAGGUCUGAA